AUGUUGGAUGUUGAAAGUGUACAGCGAACUUUGGUUUGUAGGUCACUGCAAGGAUUAGCAGCGGAUUGCCGUGGCACUGUAAAACUUGCACUAUCCUUUUCAUUCUCUACAGCAAACUGGUUGUCACACGCAUACUGCUCGUUAUUCCAACUUUUUAUCACCAGGAUGAACGUGAGAAACGCCAGGCCUAAUGAUUUAUUGAAUAUGAGGGACUGCAAUCUGGACUGCUUACCUGAAAACUACCAAAUGAAGUACUACUUCUACCAUGGACUAUCUUGGCCACAGUUAUCUUAUGUUGCAGAAACUGACAACGGAGAGAUUGUAGGUUAUGUUCUGGCUAAAAUGGAGGAAGAUCCAGAGGAUGUUCCAUAUGGACAUAUAACUUCUUUGGCUGUUAAAAGACCCUAUAGACGACUGGGUAUUGCUCAAACCCUUAUGAAUCUGGCCUCAAGAGCUAUGGUGGAAAACUUUCAUGCCAGAUAUGUCUCAUUACAUGUUCGGAAAAGUAACAGAGCUGCACUUACGCUGUACACAAAGACGCUACAGUUCGUAGUGUCAGAUAUCGAACCUAAAUACUAUGCAGAUGGUGAAGACGCUUACGCUAUGAAAAGAGAUCUGAAGACAUUGUGGGAUAAGUAUGGUCCUACAGAUAUUCCUUUCAAGGAAACAAAAGGCAAAAACACCUAAUGAAAGUUUGGUCAAUAAAUUUUUAAACGAUAACCUGUUUUCAUACCUGUUCAGGGGACCAUAUUAUCUUGACCGGCUCUACACUUAAGAAGUUGCAUUUCUAUACCCAUCAUAUGCACUUAGCUCACUUGAAUUCGUACACUUUUAUUGCAUUAAAAUGCAGCUGUGAAAUUUCUGUUUACAGAUUACUCUGAUGUGUUAUGAGUUGUUUAUGAAAUGAUUACUAACAGUUAAAUUUCUACAUGAAGAGGUGAAGCACACAAUGGGCUGAAAAUGCCUUCCAUCCUUGAUUUUUUGGCUGCAUUUUGUGUACUGCCCUGUCAUAAUAUCCAUAUCGUUCUCAAUCUCUGGUGAAUAAACUCUUCUACUCACUAAUAGUCAACUUAUUAGUGGCAGCUGCUUCUUUAUGAGGUGCUUCCGCUACCUCUAUUCCUGCUACUUCGGCAUUUUUGCAUAUGACAAAUCACCCGUAUUCUGUAGUCACCUUUCCACUUUUCGUGUCAAUGACUGCUCCGACCCCUCAUGAAAUCUGUCCCCAGUAUAGUUCGCUGUACGCAGGGGUUAAUACAAAGUAGUGAUGAAUUUUAUGGUUUCCUAUUUCAACAGCACAACCGCAACUUCGAAUGCAUGUCCGCCUACUAUAUUAAUUGACACUGCAUAUGGCCUUACACCGUAGCCUUGCUGUUGCCCUAUCAAUGAAACUACUACCCCUAUAUCGACUAGACAGAUCAGUUUUCCAUCACUUACUCGCAUUCCGAUAUACAUUGCCCGUUUAUCUAGUGACCAGUGACCUCUGGUCUUAACGGUAAGCAAAAAUAUACAUUGUGCCUUCUAUAAUUCUUGCAUUUCCACAACUCUAGGCAGUUCUGCCAGUGUCGUGUCUUUCUGCAAAGAAAGUGUGCAUCUUUUCUGUUGAUGUUUGUGUACAGAGAUGCUAUCUGCUGUUGAAGAUUUUCAAUUUCUUUCUUCAAAGAGUUUGCCUCAUGCCUUUCUACGGCCACUGCUGUUGUGCCCAUCAGCUAACAGGAAAUGUAUCUUAACACCAGUGUUUAUUGGCUGGCUGCAUUUACAAGUUUCAGCUGAUGUGCAGUGGCAGUUAACAUUCCACAAACUGUGCUACUGAAUCCUCAUCGAUGUUAAGUAGUGCUCUAUGAAUAGAACUCAUGGGUUUCAUCACUAGCACUAGUGGGUCUUCAUCUGCACCCAACCUCGCACGUGUGAACUCAUGUAUACGCUGUAUCCUAUCCGAAUGAACGUGAAACUCCACCACAAGCGAAGCCCGCAGAAUCUUCAGCACGUCACCUCCCUUGAUAUCCUUCAUCUAAUCGUAUGCCACUUCAUAGACCACCUUUGCCCAGUUUUUGGAGAGGUUCUUAACACAAACCGCUUCCGCUCUAGUUUCUUGGCUCCCACCAACUUCCCACCUCAUUUGAAAUUCUCGACUGCUGCAGGCCAAAGUAUCUUUAUCUAAGCGACACCAAUGAAGAGAAGUCCAACAGAGCAGUAUAUAUUGUUUAUUGAGAAGAUAUAACCGAUGAUGGUAAAAAUACUAAACAUUACAUUAUGGCUUCCGUUUACAAACAAUCUUUUGUUCUGCUCCUCAUUCUGUGAUGUGCUUGCUCUUUAUAUUUCUAUUUAAUAUUGUCUAUUCCUUUUACGUGGAUUCUCGUCAGUUGACCGCUACCACUUUCAACUUUGUUAUAAAUAUACUGCAUUCUUAUGAGUGGCUCUCACUACACAUGAUUUGUUUUCUGAUCUUUCUACAUUACUGUGGUGAGAUCGAACAUAACUUUAUUUUACAUUUUAUGCAUUACUAACUUUUACAAGUGCAGUGUUGUCAUUUCAAGCGUUUUCUCCACUUCACCGUUUCUGUUUUUGAAUCGAAUUUCCCUAGAAUGUAUAUUUCUAUCUGAUAUUUUGAUGAGCAUUACCUUUCGUAAUUACAUCGUGUGAAGGUAAUACUUCAUUGAGUGUCUUUCCAACUGCAUAAGCUUCAUCGUGGAGGGCAUUAAAUACAACAGGAUUUGAGUAUAUAUUUAUGAUCUGCAUAUUCAGAAAUAAACUGCCUUCUCCUUGACAACAGUUAUCUUCUCAUUAGUCUUUUUCUUGUUUUUAACUAGCCUUUUAUCAGAAUUCAUCUUAUGGUAAGACUGGCUCAGUCGUUG